AUGUCUAAACCGUAUCGUAUUUGUAUUUUGGGUGGCGGCAUCAUUGGUUUAACCACUUGCUGUUAUUUUCUUAAGACCUAUUCAUCCUCGUCCAUAACUGUCACACUUAUAAGUGAUGAAUUUUCACCGAACAUUACAUCAGCUGUGGCUGCUGGAUAUUGGCAUUCACCAAACGGAGAACAUCUCACAAGAUUGGCACUUCACUCAUACGAUAUUUUCCUCUCAGAAUCCUACUCAAUCAAAGCACAAUAUGCUGGUGUAAUGUCAAUGGCAUCGUAUGUCUUACAUGGAAGUAAUGGAAAGUAUCCGACGCCAGAUUAUGUUCCAAAUGAUACUCCAUUAUUUUCCUCCUAUGUCAAACAUUUUCAUCAUCUAUCAAAUGAGGAACUUCAAAUGUUUGAUACACUCAAACCAGUAUCUGGCUAUUCAUUCACAACUGUAGUUGUAGAAACAAAAAAAUAUUUGAACUGUAUAAUGCUUUACCUGAAACAAAAAUCAAACGUUAAAUUCAUUCAGAAACAUGUGAACAAUCUCGAUGAGCUAUCGUCUGUUGACAACUUUAACCUGAUCGUGAACUGUACAGGUUUAGGAGCACGUGAAUUAGUUAUUGAUGACGCUGUAAAUUUAUAUGCUGGCCGUGGUCAAGUAGUUCGUAUCUGCGCACCUUAUAUAAAAUCCGUUUAUCUCUUUGACGGUGGUCUCGGCUACAUAAUACCGCAAACAGAUCAUGUUAUUCUGGGUGGUUCAAAUGAGAAGAAUAAUGAAAGUAAAAUAGAGAAUCCCACUGAAACAAUUGAAAUUCUUCGAAAAUCGACAAAAAUUUUUCCUUCACUUGUCGAUCAUGAAAUUAAAGAAGUCUCCGUUGGAUUUCGACCAAUACGCAAAAUCAAUGGCAUGACAACAGUACGGGUAGAAUUUGAUCGUGAGAAACGUGAAGUGAUUCAUAAUUAUGGACAUGGCGCCGAUGGUAUUACUCUAUCGUGGGGAUGUGCACGUCAGGUGAUUGAAUUAGCACAAACUUUGAUUCCAUCAAGUAACAGCGUUCAACCGGAGAAAAAGAGAUUAGUUGAACACGACAAACUAUGGCAAAUUGUUGAAUAA